GGAGGCGGGCGCUCCCUCCCGGGCGCGGCCAAUCAGCGGCUGCGGCAGAAGCGGCUCACCUGGCCGCCCCGCGCUCGCCUCUCUCGCCCGGGGAGCCUCGCAGGCGUCCUGGGCGGCCGGGAGAAGCCUCGGCGCCGCCGCCGCCGCUGAUCUCGGCUCCCUGCACGGAAGGAAGGAAGGGCGCGCCUCGCCACCUGCCCGGGCGCCGCACCUGCCGCUGCUCUCCGCCCACCUGGGCUCACCUGGGCGCACCUGGGCUUCUCCGGCGGCAUGGAGCCCGUCCGCCUUCCCGACGAAGCCGCCUUCCGCGCCUUCCAGGCGGAGUGCGAGGCGGAGCUGGGCUGGCUCAGCCGCUACAACCGGGAUGGCGUCGCCGUCUGGGGGCAGCUGCCUCCCCAGGGGGACUUCGCGGUGCACCGCGUGAAGGGCUGUGUGAACAUGCCGGAUGUAUCAGCUGAGACCGUAUUUGAUGUCCUACAUGACACCGAAUACCGGAAAAAGUGGGACUUAAAUGUUAUUGAAACCCAUGAGAUUGCCCGGCUCUCUGACAACGCUGAUGUGGGAUACUAUUCUUGGAAGUGCCCGAAACCUUUAAAGAACAGAGAUGUUGUCACCUUGAGGUCUUGGAGAAUCUUGGAUAAGUCAUAUGUAAUCCUCAAUUUCUCUGUCAAGCACCAGAAAUACCCUCCCCGCAAGGAUCUCAUAAGAGCUGUGUCUCUCUUAGCUGGAUACCUGGUGCAACCAACUGGACCCAGCAGUUGCUGCUUGACUUAUUUGGCCCAGGUAGACCCAAAAGGAUCCCUGCCCAAGUGGGUUGUGAACAAAGCUUCUCAGUACCUGGCACCAAAGCUUAUGAAGAAGAUGUACAAAGCUUGUCUGAAGUAUCCCUCCUGGAAGCAGCAACACAACGCAGGCAAAAAACCUUGGCUGCAUCCGGAGCAAAGCCUCCUUCCCACCAUGCCCCUGUCUGAACUCUCCCUCCAACACGCCUCCUCGCUGGAGAACAUUGAUGAGAGCAGCUUAAUGGAAGCCAAGGAGGAGAAGGGCGACACCAGCGGUUCAGAGAAUUGAUGCCAAUUUGACUUUUGCUCCUUUUUGAGACUAGCCCUGGCCAGCCAGCUGGCUUACCCAGUUGGUUUUACAAUAAAGGAUAAAAAAAAAAUGCA